UUCUCAACCUUCUUUACCUGUCCUCAAAUGGCCGCCUCCCCCUCCUCACAUCCCCCCUAGUCCCCUCCCCCAUCUCCCUGCCUCCCCUGCUAGCUCUGCCGCUUCUUGGCUCUUUGCUCCACGGGAGGAGCACGUGAGCAGUACGCGAUGGAGGCCAGGGCGGCGUCGGCGGCGAGCGCGAGGGGCGUGGCGGCGCUCCUCGUCGCCGCCCUCCUGCUCGGCGCCCCCGUCUCCGCCUCGGCCGCGUCCUCGUACCCCGCAAAGGUUCUGGGCGGGCUCCUGACCAGCACGGCGACGGCGGUGGCCAAGAAGCUCUGGUCGCUCAAAUCGACCGCCAGGACGGCGACGGCGGCGGCGGCGUCCGGGAGGUCGAUGGUGAAGUACGAGGGCGGGUACGCGGUGGAGACGGUGUUCGACGGCAGCAGUCUGGGGAUCGAGCCGCACUCCGUCGAGCUCACCCCCGCCGGCGACCUGCUCCUGCUCGACUCCAUGAACAGCAACCUCUAUAGGGUCCAGCUGCCCUUGUCCCGAUAUAGCAGGCCGAAGCUUGUCGCUGGUUCGCUUGAAGGAUUAUCUGGUCAUGUUGAUGGUAGGCUCCGAGAGGCCAAGCUGAACCACCCUAAGGGAUUUACAGUCGACGACAGGGGCAACAUUUAUGUUGCAGACGCUAUGAACAUGGCGAUAAGAAAGAUCAGUGAUACAGGGGUCACAACCAUUGCUGGGGGAAAAUCAAUGAGAGGUGGACACAUGGAUGGACCCAGCGACGAUGCAAAAUUUUCAACAGAUUUUGAAAUCCGCUAUGUCAGCAGCAGCUGCUCCCUCUUGGUCAUUGACAGAGGAAACCAGGCAAUUCGGGAGAUUCCGCUCCAGCCUGAUGACUGUGAAUAUCAGGAUGAAGCUGGUUUCCCUCUAGGUGUUGCCUUGCUUUUUGCUGCUGGUUUCUUUGGUUACAUGCUUGCGUUGCUCCAGCGCCGUGUUUUAGGAAUGGUCUCAGCAACAGAGGAACCUCAGACGCCUCCAAGACCCAGCAAUGCAAGCAUCCCUCCGUACCAGCCAUACCAACCAUACCAGCAGCCAUUCAAGCCUUCGUUUGGCCCGCCGCUGAUCCCAAAUGAAGACGAAGCUGAAGAGGGAUUCUUCACCUCAGUGGGCAAGCUCAUGGGAGGAGCAAAAUCAUCCGUGGCAGACAUGUUCUCCCGAAAGAAGCGCCCCGCAAGACAGCACCAUCAGCAGCACCAGCAGAGAAGGGCUAGUCCUUGGCCAGUGCAAGAAAGCUACGCCAUCCCGCACGGGGAAACGCCUCCACCGCUGGACUCGAGAGGGCCAACCCCUCAGAAGAACUACGCCUUCGUGACGACGGAGCCUGAGAAGGCUCACCACGUCCGCCACGGGCAGCCUUAUCUCGGCGGCUGGGACGCACGCGGUCCUCAACCGCCGCCAGAGCAGCAGCAAGUGUAUCCCCACCACCACCAGCAGCAGCUGCAGCAGCACAGACAGCAGCUGGAGCAACAGGUGUACCGGCAGCAGCACAGGCAACCGCCGGAGCAGCAGGCGUACCACCUGCAGCAGCAGCACCAGCAGAGGCGGCAGCCGGAGCAGCAGAUGUACCAGCUGCAGCAGCACAGGCAGUACUCCUCCGGGCCGCAGACGUUCUACGAGCAGAGCUGCGAGACGACGAACGAGGUGGUGUUCGGCGCGGUGCAGGAGGUGGACAGCAAGCGGCGCAUGGUGGAGAUCAAGGCCGUCAACUACGGCGACACCUUCUACGAGCAGUACGGGAUGCGCUACCGCAACAACUACAUCGGCUACAACAGCAACAACUACUGACUGACGAUCCACCCUUCCAUAUGACACUAUCCUUUUCCGUUUCUUAUAUCCCUUGUCCUCCUCGUUCCUCAAGCGCUCAAGGAAUGUAACGGGAGAAAAGAGGAAGUAGAAAUCAGUAGUCUCAUGCCUUAGAUUGUGCAACGGAAGAGCUGAGGUUUUGGUAGUGUACCCUGAUGAAUGAUGGUCAUAGAUUUCUGGCAUUUCUUUAUGUAUGUAUAGCACUCAAGUCUCAACUGCUUUGAUAAGUAGUAGUAUGGGCUGGGCUGGUCUUGAUGAUA